AUGGCCACGCCACACGUCUGCUUUGCGGACGAGCUGCAGCAGCAGCCGCCGCACAACAACAACAACAACAACAAUGGCAACAAAAAUUGGCUGGAAUUGGAGCUGCAGCCGCCGCAGCACUCGCCCAGCCUCUCGCCAACGCCUCGCUACGAGCGUAACAUGGGCUUCUUUCAGCUGCUCAGCCGACGCUUUGGGCUGAGGUCAAGCGUUGACCUAGUUGAUGCAGCUGCACAGGAGGAGGAUGCGCACAGUUCAUCGACCGAUUCGUAUUCAUCGGCUAGCCGUGGCUUAGCUGCAGCACGCUUGGAGCUGAUGUCCUGCGCCUCCAGCGAGACGAGCAGCACCAUUGACAUCGAGGAGCAGGAGCAGCAGCAGCAGCAGCAGCAGCAACAGCAGCAGGACCAACGCAAAUCGUUGUCUCGCACGAGCUUCUCACGAAUGCAACGCCGGUCCACAUCGUCACUGCGACGCGCCUUUGAGAGCCUCUCGCUGACAUCACGCUCGAUGUCGUGCAGCGGCCCCUCGCCGCCCCCACAGCCGCACCCACACCAGCAUCAGCAGCAGCCGCAAAUGCCAUUGAAGUCCGCUCUGAAGUCGGCUUCUACUAUCGAGCUGCACCAGCGUCAGCACAAGCUGGCCACCAAAUCGACGAGCAGCUCCAGCGCCUGCUCCAACUCAUCCACAUGCUCCGCGACCCAAGCGAAGCACAGCAAGGCGAAGCCGCCUCCACAGCGCAUCCUCCGUCAGCCCGUCUCCUAUACAUAUCUAAAGGGCAUGUCCGGCCUGCCGACGCAGCGCGUGCCCCGCAGCUCCGUCUGCUGCCAAUAUGCGCGGCGCUAAGGGGAUCGGCAGAGAGUUCAUUAUCUAUCAUUAUCUACUCAUAGCCAAUAGCAGUUGAUAGUAGUUCGAAUAGCUCACGUAGCUCACAUAGCUCACAUUGAACAUUGUGCCAAAUGCCACGCCCAUUCAUUUCGAAAAACUGUGAUACAAUUACUUUUUCAUAUCCACAGCAGAUUCCCAGCUCAUUCCACGAAACGAACACCAAAGAAGAUCCCCAAAAGAGAGAAAAAAAAAACCAAUACAUUUUCCAAGACUUUAGCAAAUAGAAAUAGAAAAUUUUCCACGCGGCUUUCGAUUCCAGCAAAACCGAACAGAAGACUGUCCCAAGGGAAAGUUUUGUAUUGUUCAAAGAAAAUUGCUUAAAUUUAAUUAAAACUAUAAUAAA